AUGGAGAACACUAGCAGGAACACUGAAGUGCAUUCGAAUUCUGAUGCUUGUAGCAAUACUGUGUUUGAUCACCAUAGGAUUGAUGAAAAUUUUGAUGUUGAUUUGCGAGAGCUUGGUAAAGAUUGGAUCCCUGAAUGUGCCGAGGGAUUGAAACCAUACAUUGAUCAGCGUUUUAGUGAUCUUGAUCAAGCUUUUAUUUUCUACAUGGAAUACGGUAGAUCAUCUGGAUUUGAUGUACGUCGUUCCACUGAAAGGAGUGACAAGGAUGGUAAUACUAUAGAGAAGUAUUUUGUUUGCUCAAGAUCCGGACGUCCUGACGACAAAAAUGUUGACAGAAAACCACAAAAGAGGAGGAGAACAGUUUCAACAAAGUGUGAAUGCCAUGCAGACCUUGUGCUUGCUUCACAUCAAUUAGGUGGUUUUUAUGUGAAAAAGUUCACAGAAUCGCACAAUCACCCUUUUGCAGGAAAGGGAGGAAUGCAAUUCCUAAGGUGUAGUAGGUCUCUAACCGAGUUCCACAGAACAUUUAUCUUUGAUGCGUCCAAAUCAAACAUUGGUGCUUCACGAGCGUAUACAAUUUUUAAAUCAAUGAUCGGUUCAUAUGAAGAUGUAGGAGCUACUGUUGUUGAUUUUAAGAACUUUGCAAGGGAUAUUAAACAACACAUUGGGAAGCACGACGCUGAUAUGAUUGUCCAGAAAUUCAGGGAUAUACAAGAAUCUUCAGACUCGAGUUUUAGAUUUGAAUACAGAACCGACUCGGAAAAUCAUCUCACUCAAUUAUUCUGGGCAGAUGGUGAGGGAAGGAAAAACUAUGAAGUAUUUGGUGAUGCGGUUUCUUUUGAUGCAACGUAUAGGACAAACAAGUAUGGCAUGGUUUUCAUUCCUCUUGUAGGAAUACACAAUCACUGGAAGAGUGUGACUUUUGGGGCAAUUUUGCUUGAACGGGAAGACAACGAAAACUAUAUAUGGGCAUGCGAAUCUUUCAAGAAGGUGUUUGGUAAGGAUCCCAAAUGUAUUAUUACAGAUCAAGAUCUAGCAAUGAAAGCUGCUCUUCAGAUUUCUUUCCCACUUGUUAAGCAUCGGCUUUGUAUGUGGCAUAUAAUGAAAAAAUUUCCUUCUAAGCUAGGAACUGUUUUCUGUGCUGAAUCAGGAUUCAUGGACAAACUUGGACGAGUAAUCUGGGCAGAUCACAUAACGCCAGAUGAAUUUGAACAAGGAUGGAUAGAUGUUGUUGAUGAAUUUGACUUGAACGAGAAUGUUUGGCUAAAAGAAAUGUUUGACAUGAGAUCUUUGUGGAUUCCAGCAUACUUUAAUGAUGAACCAAUGAGUGCAAUUGAAAAACAAAGGAACAACGCUAAGAAACUGACACACUAUGAUGACUUCACACCAAAAACAAUUACAGACAGAGAGAUUGAAAAAGAUGCGAUUAGACUUUACACAAGGGAUCUGUUUUACAAGGUUCAAGAAGAGAUAAGAGCAGGUUGUAUGGAUAUUGUGCUAUUGGGCAUGACUUGUUUGGACAAUGUGAAAAAAAUAAAGAUUCAAGAACCAGGGAAUAGAACCAGGAUUUUUGAGGUUGAACUUAACAUGGAUACACAUUUUAUUGAAUGUUCGUGCAAAUUGUUCACCAGGGUUGGCUAUCUAUGUUCCCAUGCCUUUUUCUGCCUUGGUAUUUGUGGAAUUAGAAUAAUACCGCGACAGUAUGUCUCAAACAGAUGGUUGAAGAACGCAGUUGAGCGCUUCAGCACACUUGAACUUGGAGAAAUAUCUGAUAGAGAUGCAAAAAAUUUAUCGAGGCGUGUGCAGACACAAGAUUGUUGGUUUGAGUUCCAAGGCUGCCUAAGCGACGCAUCUGGUAAUGCUGAUGUUUUAGAGUAUAUUAAGAAUGGACUUUGUAGCAUGAGGAAACACAUAACAAUAACAAUGAAGAAACCAAGAACUCGAUUAAACUCAGAGCAGAUCGAAGAAUUAAUAGAUUCUCGUGUUGUCAAUGAGAUUACAAUACAGAAUCCUAACAAAAGCAACAACAAGGGCAGUAGGAAAAGAAUCAUAUCAGGAGCAGAGAAAUCAAUUGGGUGCAACAAGAGGAAAAUGAGGAAAUGUGCAACUUGCCAGGAGUAUGCUUAUCAUGAUUCAAGGACUUGUCCUGAGAAGAAUUAA